AUAAAUUUUAAUGUCAAUUUUUCAUGUGACAGAUAUAUCUGAUAAACCUUCUUCAUAUACUAGCUAAUUGGCAAAUAAAGAAGUUAAUUUAAUUUCUAAACUAGAUUAAUUAUUAAGCAUUAAGGAGUGAAGUUCGUACAUCUAUAAUAGAUAAAUACAAUCAUUUCGAAAAAUUAGGAUAAAAGCCAUUAAGUCCAAAAGGAGUAUAAUAGAGUAAGGAAAGCCCUAGAAAACACUAAAAUACGUUACGAACUUUAGAUAUUUUAUUUGGGAAACCCACUUAAAAUUAAGAAUAAGUAUCACAAUCAUCCCCUGCCAAGAUAAGUGGAUUAAAAAAAAAGUAAAAUAAUAAUGAAUAGUAAAGGAUGUAACAAAUUGGUACUUAAGAACAGAUAGGAAAGUUUCACCUUUCAACUGGAGCAUAAGAUUUUAAGAGUACUUAUUAUGAUUAGUCUGGAUCUAAAAAUUCAUUCUUGUCUCCAUAGGGUAGAACCAAUUAAGACAGUUAAUUAAGAUCAGGAUCAUUGACAUCUAAAUUUUAUCCAGAAAGAGGGUACUAGAUAGUAUUCAUUAAAAAGCACAUAGCUCAGUAAUGCUGUCCCUAUUUAACGAUUAGUUGAGAUACAAAAUUUAUUAGAAUUGACUCCUGCAAGUGAACUUUAAACAUUACCAAGAAAGUAAUUAAAUUUAAUAAAAAUUAGUUAUUUGGAUGAACUUUAAAGAGUAGCAAGUUCAAUAUAAAGAAAUUUGAAGCAUCAUAAUGACAUUCGCUUAAAAUAGUGAAAAUAUCAUAUUUUAAUAAACAAAAUUAAUUUUUUU